AUGUCCGCAGCAAACAGAAGUCUAUCGAUGUCGAGCACGAUGCUCUCGCCGGAGAAAAUCGCCGAGCUUGAGGACUCAUUACAGAACAACCCCUACUUCAUCAAAUUCAAAGACAGAAUCGUGAAACUGAAGCAAUCAGACCCCGAGACGUAUCUAAAGCGUCUCGAGCUGAUGCACCAGCAGCACGAAGCGCAGAAAAAGAAAGAAGCCGGAAAUCCGAAGACGAUGGAAGAAAUGACGGCGGAACAAGCGGCUGCUUCAGCUGCGCAGCCAAGCUACGUCGCACCGAAAACUCUCGACAGCGUGAUGGACUUGGAAAGGCUGAAGAACAAGGACGGAAAGGAGAUUGGCGACAUUUGGCGAAAGUAUCAUGCGCACAGAUCGGCAGUUUUCGCGUCGAUUUCGAAGAAGUACUGGGACUACAUCGCCGCGAUCAAGACGCAUUUUCCCUCGUUUAUCUACCCACUGCCGCGCGACGACAACAAGUGGCUCUUCUACAUCGGCUUCUGGGGCGGAAACGAGCUCAACUUCACGACGCUGGAGCACUACAAGCUCAAAGGCGCCGAUGCUCCAGUUCUCCUGUCCAUGUGCCAUUAUCCAGACCUAAUUGACACGAAAGGAAUCUGUUUAAUGGUCGCAGAUGUCGAUGAAAGUCUAAUUGAAAAGCAGGACGCUCAAUUACUCGCCUACUACGCUCAGUACUUUCACACGGAAGCAAAAGGAAUGAGCCUCGUGCAAACGUUUAACACGAGACCGCAGGAUUUCAAGUACGAGGACGUAAUCAAAGCCGUUGAAACGAUUGGACAAGAGACUCUCUCUCGAGCUUUGCUCUUUCUAGCAGCGAUUUUUGGACUUUUCGGCGUGGCGCUUGGAAAACCGGGGAAAUCGCAGUUCAAUCCAAAAACGCAGUUGUCUCUUUCGGCUGAUGAAUACAACAUCACUUACGAAGGCCCCAGUCCCAAUCAAUUUUCCGCCAAAUGGAUUUCUUCGCGCUCUUCUUUGAUCAUCACUCUCGCCUGCGGUUAUUGCUCACUCGAUUCGUCAAAAUCUCAAGAUUCGAGUUCUGAAAAUGACACUCCAAUUUCCCUGAAUAUCAGCUGUUCUUCUGACGAUCCCAUUCAUCAAUUCAACAAAUCGAUCACCCAUUGGAAGAACUCCAAUAGAUCAUCCUCAAAAAAAUCGACGAUUUCCGGCUCAAUCAAAUGUGAAGUGAAAUCAGAAACUUCAAAUUUGGAAAUGAGUUGCAGCGAUUCGAGUAUAACCAUUGCCGCUAUUAUCUCGUUCUUGGCCAUAAUCAUAUCUGCUCUGGCUUUGGUAAUCUACGCCGUCAACUAUCGCCAAAACGAGCAAGAAGCGCAGCUUCGUGGCUUCUUUUCGCCCGAAAAAGAAAAGCUCAUUAAUCGCUCCUCGCUGCGCCUGACUUCGAAUUACACUCCUGAAAGACUUACAAUCGUCAAGACCGUCAUCGAGGGCGACUACGGUUCCUGCUUGAUCGGCAAGUUCGAGCACGAUGGCGAAAGUAGACGAGUUUUUGUGAAGAAACUGCGCGAAGUAAGCAACCGAGAAGAAAUGAUGGGCCGGGCGAAGAUUUUCGAAAGAUUGAAGCCCUGCGAUCUCAUUCUUUCCGUCAACAUGACCAGCUUUCAAGAACGGAACUUCCAAGCGAUGUACUUCCAGAACGUAGAAGGACCGCUGAAAUGGUUUCUCAAGCGUUGCCAACUGCGAACAAAUCCGUCGCAUAGAAGUACAGUUAGCACUGUCAAACUGAAACGAUUCACCUAUCAGGCGGCUGAAGCACUCGCCUAUCUAUCGUCGAAUGACAUCAUCCACGGCGACGUUGCUUCACGCAACUUCGUCCUGGACGAAUAUAACGAAAACAUUCUCCUGGGCGACACCGUCAUCUCCCUCGAGCUCUUCCCGGCAGACUACUUCGAAGGACGGCCAAUUCGUUGGCAAGCUCCAGAAUGCAUCGACACUCCCAACCACGCCAGUUUGAGCGGCGACGUCUGGGCUUAUGGAAUAUUCGUCUGGGAGCUCUUCUCGUUAGCCCAAGCCCCUUACAAAGACAUUGACUGUCUGAACAUUUCCCAGUAUCUCUCGGAAGGGUAUCGCCUCGUUCAGCCAGAUGGCUUUCCCGAGUCUCUUUGGAACUUGAUCGGAAACAGCUGCUGGCAAUACAGCUCUUCAAAACGCAAAAACAUCCACCAAAUUCUUCAAGAACUGCAGCGUCUCCAAAUUUGUUCCUCGUCUUCUCCAAACCUUGCUUCAAACCAACACACUCACUGA